GACCUUCUAUCGAAAUCGACAACAAACCAAGAACAUACUCAUCUGUUGAAGAGCAGCUUGUUGCAGGAACUUCCCAUUUCAGAAGCGCGGAAAUGAUAGCUUCUAUUUUGACAGGAAAUAGAACUGAAAAAUCUACGAGUAACGAGUCUCAAAUCAGUCGUAAGCGUAAAAACUCAGGAUCUUCCUGUAAUCCAGGUAUGGAAACAGAAUGGUAGUUAGGUAGGUAAGGGUAGGUAAUACUUUAUUUGAAAAUUCAUAACACAAGAGAAACACGCUAGCCCCAACAACACUUGGCUGGUUUCCAUGGAGGGCGUGUUAACACAUAUAAAUACCUUAUAUAUAUAAACUAAUACUAAAAUUUCUUAUGCUACUACGACUACUAUUGCUAUUUCGUGUAAGUCAUAUAAAAGCUUAACCACUAUUAAGAUACACAGCUUGUCAAGACCCAACUAUAAUCUAAAAAGGCUUUUAGAAGAAGAGAUUGACUCAGCGAGCUUUGCUUCAUUUGGGAGCUGGUUCGAAAGCGUAGCACCGCUAAAUUUAAAACUUUUUUAAAGAAACUCUCUUUUUGGUUUAGGAAGUGUUAGAUCAGUAGCCGUGUUACGUAGAUGGUAAUUAGUCUGAUCGACAUUCCCUCUUAUACAUUAAAAUUGACUUUGCCCAGCGCCGUCACUCAUCAAGUGUUUGCCAAGAAAGAGAGUCAUUGAGGCUGCGGAGCGAAUAUCAUAACUGAACCUGUGAGAACUCUAGUUGCACGCAACUCGUUGCAGCUUAUCUUUCAACAAUUUGCCGCAGGUGUCCCACAAAGAGGAACAGCACUCAAAAUAAGGCUGAACUAAACCCUUAUAAUCUGUUUCCAGAGUAGCUUACUAUUUUCCACUUGUGAAAUUAGAGGGAUGAUUGUUAGAUAACACAAAUCUGGCGACAAUAUCACAGUCAGCCAGCAGAUCAUACAAUAGACAAGAGACUUUCAUGUCUCUUAAUUAGAAGGCUGUCUAUGUUCACACUAUAGCGGAUAGCUUUCGCCGAAAUCACGUUUCUUAUGUGCGAAAAGAAGCCCUAUCCGGUAUGGAUACUAAAUCCCCGCAUGCUCGCGCUAAAUCUAUCCGGUAUAGUGUGAACGUAGCUAGCCUAAUAUGAAGCCUUAUCAUUUCUCAGAGGUAUUUCGUCCGUUUUCAGACAUAAUCACCAAGUACCGUUAUCAAGAUCUGAAUGAUCAUCAGAGGAAAAUAAUCCAUGAAACUCUAGCACAGCAAAUACAAUUGUACUUCCAACAUCGCACCAUUUACUCUGCAGAAGGAGUGUCUGGUCUGAUUGAAUAUAUAGUUGACACGCACAAGGUGGCCACAAAAUCUGUUGGUUUGGGGUCUCUAGAAAUAACCUUUGAGUGCACCUCCCUGGAAAGCCUUGCGAGUCUGUGGAGUGACUAUCAGUCUGGUCACCUUAAUGACAUUGCCGAGAGAUACCUUGUGACUGAUGACAUAAGGAGAAAACUGAACUUUGAGAAUGUCAGAUUGAAGACAACUAUCGAUGAAGAAAACUACCGAAUGUGCAAGAAGAUUUUGAAAGAAAAAUCAUGUGAGUUGCAAGACCUUUCUAAGCAAUUGACGGCGGUACAGUUGAAAGGUAAAAUAGACUUUUCAAUGAAUUAAUCAAUACCAUUCAAUUUGCUUAUUGUGGACCAAAAUUGACACUUUGUACGGGCCCUUCUCUUCUCAAAGUCCAUUCUACAUUAAAAAUCUUUUGUCCCCGAAACCAGAUGCUAAUUAUGCUCUUCGGUCGUCUGCGCAAUCUCUUCUGUUCGUUCCAAAAGUCAACUGCUCUACACUUGGCUUUGCUCAUGCUUUUUUGCAUGAAAGUCGCUGCCAUUAACUACUAUGAGAACAAGUAGCAGCCUCGCCAGUUUUAAAAAGCAACUUAAAACAUUUCUUUUUAGGGAAGCUUUUAGUUUGUUAGAAUAGCUCUGAAUGUUAAGUGCUUUUAAAUAUUUUAACUUAGUAUCGAUUUUUUUAGAUUUUAGCAUAGCAUGGAAAUGUUUUUAUUGUAAUUGUGAUUAUUAGCUUUUUAGGAAUUUUUCCUUUUUUAACUUCAAGUAAAGCGCUUUUGAAUAUUGUAUAGUGGACUGAGGAAUCAUUCCUACACAACCCGUUCUUGACCAGCCUCCGUUUGCGCCUGUCGCUCGGCCCAUCGACACGGAAACAGGGGAAGACGUUUUUCUGAAUCCGGCGUGGGAGCCCGCCCCUCAGGGAGUAUCGCCCAAACAAACCAAAAAAAUUCGGAACACCAGACCGCAAGUGAGGUGGAAAGAGUUGAUCCCUUUCACCCAAUGCACUAUGAUGCAGAAGCAGAAGCGACGCCAAAAGUGGAUUGAUCUGUUUGAAGGACGCGUGGAGCUCGAACUUCCGAACCGGUACAACACCCUGAUUGCAAAGUUUGCCGGGGAGGUCGAAGAAGAAAGGGGCAGAAUAUUUACAAAAUGGCGGGGUUUUUUGUCACAAGAAUAAAGAUUUCACCACAGGGGUGUUCCGGGAGAUCGAAAAAAAUGUGAGAAACAGUUCUGUCAUCAAACACAACUAUGCCUAUCAGCUUCAGAACAUCGAGACGGGGUUCACAAUGGGUUAUUAUCAAAACCGAAGAAGCCCCUGGUUCGAACGACUGCCAGAAGCGAGGCGAUGGCUGGAAGAACAGGAAGAAAACCGCCUACAGGGUGAAAACAUAGAUCGCCCCGACACAAAAUGACGGUGCGAGGCGAACCUCAUGGUCGAGGUGAAUAUCAUCGACGACCCACAAGCACCAUUGCUCGUCGGAUAGGGGCGUGUGCCCAUGGUUUACAAAGAAGAAGGAUAUCUUGUCGCUGGAUACGUAGGCCGACGAUCUCUGUAUUUUCAGAUGCAUCGCGAUCCGUAUAAGAGCGCAUCGUUUCAAUAACACAAGGAAAACUGGUGAACUCGCCGCAAGCUUUUUCGUCCAGAAUCGAAUUCGAUGGGGUUAGAUCCACAAAGGGCAUUUCCCGUUGAUAGAAAGUCAUUUCCCGGGGUCUACUGCGAGGCAUUUGUCCGCCUUGUCAGUGCCGGGGGUGGGGCAUUUGCAAAUUUUGCACUGGCCGGGGGCCGGGCAUUUGCCAACCCCGGGGCCAUUCCCGAGCUUUUGACACGCACGCGGUUUCCUAUCAGAAUAUAACUACACAGAAGGUUUUACUGGAAAAAAAGCAGAUUGGCUCAUCUUUCAAGGACAGGAAUAAAUUGUAGAGCGUUGUAAAGGCAUGUUCUCGAUUUUAUGCAUGCAUUUCUUCAUUGCUUAUCAAGCCAGAAUUACAUAGCGAAAUUGGAGCUAUCAAUGUGAAUCAACGUUUUUUGGUUAUUGAAUCAAAUUUCUGUUGAUAUUAUUUGAACAAAAUCCUUUCAUAUUUAUAAAACUAUUCAUAACAUAUAACUUUACAGCGCGCUAUUAAUUUUAAUGUCAAUAAUUUUAUAUCAAUACUAAAACCGUAAACUGGUGUAUGUCGUCGCGGCUUGAAGUCUUAAUUAGAAUCCUAGCGCUAUUACAAAGGAAGACGUUAAUUGAAACGAAAAAUCUCACAUAAUGACGAUAAUGAAAAAUGUUGCAGUGUUGACGGAGAACGGGGCAUUUGCCCUCUUUUUGCGUCCCCACCCCGGGGGAUUUGACAGCAUAAGAGUCCCCACCGCCGGGAAUUUGCCAUCGAAGGCAAAAAAAAAUGCUAAUGCCUGGGGUUGGCUGAGCGCAGCUGGAAUUGACUGAUGCAUUAAAUAAUCGCCUAAUUUAACCUGUGGGUGUGUGAUGUGAUAAUCAAGAAACUAUCUAUCUAAAACGAAAGUGUGCGUUAUUAUAAAAAAAACCCUUAUCUGAGUGAUCACCGUCGGGUUUCUCGAAAGUUUGUUUCUCCUCGUUAAGUGUUAAAAUUGUUGUUGCUGCUGCUUUUUGACUCCAUGCUAAAAACAGUAAUUACUGCUUCUAGCAUUAUUAUUAUAAUAAUAUCAUAGGUGACGAAUUUCUCCUUAAUUUUUGCGCGAAAUUUCAGCGUUAAUUUGUAACUUCACAUGUGAAAAUACAAAAUUGCUUUGGCAACCCUUCCGUACGUCUCAGUGUCAAGAUGGCGACGAAGUUUUCAAAUGCCGUGAAUGAAGAUGUCAGGGCACAAAAAGACGCUUUAGAAAACCUGAACACACAAGAGAACAUCAAGAAGGAUUCGAACAGGUAUUUUGCCGAAAAAGUCUGAAAAAUUCUGAACUUUAUAAGCCAAAUUUAAGGUCUAAACAUCCCAGAUUGCUAACGUAAUUCGUCACCCAUGAUAUUAAUAGGUAAUCAAAUGGUAUACUCGUGAAAUUAGGGAAUAAUUUCACUUGCGUUUUGUCCAAAUCCUAAUAAUUUCCCGAGCCUUAAGGCUUUGGACAAAACGCAAGUGAAAUUAUUCCCUAAUUUCACUCGUCACCAUUUGAUUACACAUACUAAGAUUGUUGGUUUGGCUUAGCCUGUGUCACAGGCGGAAAUAUACUUCUUGUCAAGUCCGUCUGCAAAAACAGCACCGAAAUCCUUGUUCUGGGUCCCCACCUGUGUACCAGGAUUUGAGUACGCACUGGAGCACGUCAUGAUUGGCUAUUGAAAAAAGUCACUGUCGGUUUCCCAUUCAGAUUGAAGGAAAAUUGGAAACGCACUUCCGGUAAUUCGUUGAGUCCGUUGGGGGCCCAGAACAAGGUUAUCGGAGCUCAUUUCGCGGACGCUACAAACAGGGGUUCCAUGACGUCUGCAACCCAGGCUAGUUAGGCUCUAUCCAUCUAUGGUUGGAUACAGCCGUUGCCCGUUUGUUCCAGUCUUUACGGAUUUUCGCGCUAAUCUAUUAUAGUCCAAGAAAGCGGACCCUCCAGUCGCUUCAACAAUAUCAUCGUGCCAACGUCUCAAUAAUCUGCUAACACCCGUUUUAUUUUAAAUCAUGGACGCAUUUUGGUAUAUUAACGAUAUAUUUACCAGCUUACCGUCUAUGAAUUUUAAAUUUCCACCUUAAAACUGAAAUCUUUUUUUGGAACUUUUAGUCUGAUGAUCGCUUAGUGUUUGAAACUCCGAGUUACAACUUAAUUUUUAUCCUUUGCAUUUGUAUUUACCGGCUUAUAUAUUUAUUUUAUUAAGCGGACUCUGCUGAUGAAGAGUUUGACUUGAUUCAACCAUCGCUGAUCCAGCAAUUAAGGAAAAUCUUAGAUGAAGGCCCAGACGACGGACAGGUCUUGAAGGUAAAGUAGCCUCUUUUACCUUUAUAUACCCUAGCAAAUAAACAAAUAAAUAUCAUAAUGAAAAACAAUCUCAACCUUAGAGCGAAGGUGAAGUGUAAGGGCCCAUUCUCAUUAGGCAGGGAAAGCUUUGAGAGACUGGUGCUCAAGUUCAUUAAACAUUAGAAGAAAUUCCUUCUCCCUGCCUCCUCUUCAGGUGCUUGCAGCUUCGUUUUUUCACACAGAGGCGAACGCAAAACGCGAGUUACUGGUGACGAAGCGCAAGGGACUAUGGGAAGGAGAAAGCUCGGUAGAAAGACUUCUGGGCACGAGGCAGUCCUUCUCUCAUAAUUCAAUGCAAACAGAUCUAUUUUGUUGAUGCUGUAGUAUAUCCAUGUCAUGUUGUAGUUCAAAAUUCCUCCAGGCGGUGCCACAAUAAUCCAAUAAUGGAAUAGUAUAAUGACGCUGUAAACAAGUAUUGCUGCCUCUUUUAUCACGAAAGAGUUAAUAAAAAUUAAUUUCGCGCCGCUAAGAUGCGAAAUAAUGGAAAAAUUGUGGUGCUGUAGGCAAAUAUUGCUACCACUUUUAUCAUGAAAGAGUUCAUUUAAAGUUUUCGCGCCACUGAAAAGAAAGUUCAUUCUCCCAUAAUUUAAUCCAGACAGAUCUGUUUUGUUGACGCUGUAGUUUAUCUAUGUCAUGUUAAUGAAAUGAUGGAAGAAUUAUGCUGCUGUAAAGAAGUAUUGCUACCUUUUUUGUCAUGAAACUUUCAACGCCGCCACCCAUACUAAAUCUUGUCGCCACUGUUUUGCUCGUGGCCCUUUCAACUCACAGAGCUGUCAAACACCACGCCUAGCCUGAAAGUAGUUUUGCAAGCAACGGCCUUUCCGCGAAAAUUCAGAUAAAUUACAAUCGCGCUCGCGCCUACUAGACCUAAUGAUUUUGAAUUACAGCCAAAAAUCUCCUUACGGACUGUUUACUUUAUUCAAAUGGUUAUAAACUCUAUACUUUUUAAAUACAGUUCCUCAAUACAACACAAAAAUGGCUCUCUGUAGACGAGUUUUGGUGGUUUUUGUUAUUAUAUUCCAGGAACUAAUUCAAAAUGCGGAAGAUGCGGGUGCCACGCAAGUCAAAUUUCUGCACGACAAACACAGCUAUGGAACAGAUAAGCUUUAUAAUGAGGACCUGGUAAAAUUUCAGGUAUCACCUUCUCAGUUCCUUUUAAUCUUCAACCUGACCAUCAUGCCAGUCCAUGAGUUUCGUAGAUGAACCAUAUCACAUUGUCUGUCCAACCUUUCCUUCUUUGAGCUACUGUCUCCUCCUUUAAAUCAUCUCCGGCCUUCCCUCACUUUUCGACCCUCGGCCUUCAAACCUUGUGCUUUUUUAUAGUCAUUCUCACUCCCUUUUCCUGAGUGCAUGGCCUGGCAAAUUCCACAUCCUACCUUGCACGUUACUACUCAUAUCGAUGGUCUUAAGUUAAUGUUUUUAUGGUGAUCUGAUUAGCUUCAUAGUUCAGUCCAUGGUGCCUCUGUUAGUACCCACUUUUCCUUAGCGGGCCCUUGUUCCAAUCCCUGCAGACUGAUUUUGUUGUUUCAAAAUCUUUACAACGGCGCCCUUCCUGUUUUUAAGAUGUUCCUUUGAAGAGGUUCUACUGUGCUUGAGAAACCAUAUCAAAGGCGUACAAACAUAACUAUAAGAGUUAUGGAACUUUUAUCCUUUUACUUGUGCAUAGGGUCCAGCACUUUAUGCCUACAAUAACUCGAAAUUUACCAAAGAAGAUUGGAGAGGCAUCCGAUUAGUCUGUGACAGCAUCAAAGCAGAGAAUCCCUUGAAAGUUGGUCGCUUUGGUUUGGGAUUCAAAUCUGUUUUUCACAUGACAGGUAAAGUGUAAUACCUUUCACAAAUGCCAAAGAUAAGAUGUUUUUUUGGCGUUGUAGUUUAGUUACCAGUACGUUAUCUGGUCCAGAAAAGGUAGAAAAGAGUAGCGACCAAUCACCCGCCACUUCAGCGUUGCGGGAUCCACGUAGACGUCAGCGCGACGAAAUUACAUUGAGGUAGUAGUUAAUGCGAUUUGCUCGAGGCUUAAAAAAGUCAGUAAUGGUCUGAAUUGACGGAAAGCUGCUAUGGUUGAAGAAAGGGUAGCUGCAAUUAGGCUUUAUCACAAAGUUAUCUGCGUUUAAAUUUACACCCAAGUUCACAUUGUUUGUGCUCUUUUGUUGGUAAUCAGUUGAAGUUUUAAGAGGCCUUUGUAUCUGAACCAAUCGUACCCUAUUGAGAAUUUAUCAGUAGGAAACUUUCUGUAAUAGAGAGGUGCCGUCCAAGAGCGGUGUCCGUAAUAGAGAGGUGUCUAUAAAGUGAGGUUCGAAAGUGAUGCAUAUCAUUAAAGUUUAGUAAUUUAUUUACACGUACAUGGCCCUUUCUCCCCUCAGAUUUGCCAAGUUUGAUCAGUGAUUCGCGGAUUGGCUUCAUUGAUCCCCAUGGCGUUCAUUUUUCGGACAGGCGUCGCAUACGAACAGGGAAGUACUGGCGACUUAAAGAAGACCGCGCGUCCAUCGAUGAGUUUUCUGACCAAUUCCUUCCUUACAAAGGCAUAUUUAACUGCACGGAUGAAGUUUUCUCCCAGGGAUUCUAUGAUGGAACCAUAUUCCGUUUUCCAUUCAGAAACAAACCCUCAGACCUUUCAGGAACACUGUACAACGCAGACAAGAUGACCACGUUGUUUGACAGUUUCAAGGCCGAUGCUGCCUUAAUUCUCCUGUUUUUGCAGAGUCUGGAAUCUGUUGAGCUCUAUACCAGAGAGGAAUCAGAGUCCAGCCCCAGUAUAAUCUUUCAAGUGAAGAUUACGGAGAAAAGCCUCCAAACAGUUCGUGCGAAGAGAAAGGAGUUUCUGAAGAAAAUCACACCUGGAAAUGUUAUGCCCAAACCAGUCACGGUGAGCUACCCAAUUACCAUUGAAACAAUUAAUUUCGAGAUGCAGUUGACAGAGAAACACUCAUUUCUUGUUACAAACUACUUCUGUGGUGGGCAAGUAUCUUCAACGUUCAAAAAGUUGAUGACAGAUAAGGAUCUCAGCUAUCUCCCCACAAUUGGUGUUGCUAUGGCAUUGCCAGAAGGUCCACAGUUGCAGACGCCUGAUAUCCAAGGCCACGUAUUUUGUUUCUUGCCGUUACCAAUCCAGACGAAAAGCUUAACUGGUUUGCCAGUGCACGUUAACGGUUUCUUCGCUCUGAGUCAGAACAGGCGUCACAUCAAGUCUCCAAAUGCAGAUCAAGAAUACCGUCAGAAGGCAGGACGUCAAAUGACUGAUAAGUCCUUGUUAUGGAAUAAGUGUCUUCUCGAAGAAGCCCUUCCUGAGGCUUACGCUACCAUGAUCUUGGAAGCCAUAAAAGAGAAGUCUGCUUUCAUUUCCAAGAACGCAAUCUAUAAGUAAGUGACAUGUUUAAAUACAGCCCUAAUCAAAUUUGUUCUCCACUCAAAAUUGUUUACUCCUGUAAACAAAUUCAUGUUGAAAGGAAUCGUUUACUUGCUUGAAUUAUCUUACAGAUAUUUUCCAAUAUUUGGUGAAAUAGAAAAACAAGACCUUCUAACUUUAACGGGAAGUCGAGCAAAUUGAGUUGUGAAGUCAGUCAAAUGAGAUCUGUUGGAAGGAUAGAGACGUCUUCAUUUUCUGUCCAGUUUUCGCGAAGAAAGUGAUAGCGGAGCUCCCGCGCGCGAAGCGUGCGCAGCGUGCGCAGCGGAGCACCAUGGGUAACAAAAUUUGGUAAAGUAUCCAUCCGAGAAAAUUUGGUUAUGACGUAGCGUACGCCCACCCGUACACACACUUCAUGUAAGCCGAUGUCAAAUGUCACAAUACAUCUUGCACAACUUGACUAGUCUUUCAGUUUUGUAAGCCAUCCGUAUGAGUACGAUUAGAUUGACAGCUGUCAAAAACAGACAUCCGCUGACAAUUAUCACAUGACCAUCUCGCGGGCUCAGAUCAAAGACCAGUCGUUUUGCCCCUACAUAUAAGCUGAUAUAAUAUGUCACACUUACCAAUUCAACAUAAAAACGAAACUACCCCGGGCUGUCAGUCGGCUGACAGUCGUUUAAAGUUAUAUUGGCAAGCCAAAUUAAGGUCAAUUGACAGCUGUCAAAAUGGGAUAUGUGCAGACCACUAUCAGAAAACUCGUAGUCCGUUAAUUCUAAUAUUCGCCAUUCUAAUGAAGGUUAAUUGACAGCUGUCAAACUAGAGUAUACGCUGAUCAUCAUCACCUCACUGUAUCGCGGGCUCAUUUUUCUAUCCAUUGAGGUCACCCAUAGCUUAGAAAAUCUAUCCAUCCUAGAAAAUUCUGCAAUCACGUGACCUACAUCGACCACCCGACCUUCCGUCCGUUCGCACCACAGGCAUACCAAUGUUUAAUCUCACACUUUCUAGCUAGCUUGGGAGCCUGCAACCUGAUAUUGUACAUCCAUGUUUUGAUUAAUUGACAGCUGUCAAAAUAGUGUUUCUGCUGACCAGUAUCCCCUGACCGUAUCGCGGGCUCAGGUAUCGACCCACUGAGUUCGAUUGUUUUUUGAAGUAAUCCGCUGACAAGUUGCUACUUUUCAAAUUAUCGCAGGCUCAAGUUCAAUUUUUUUAAAAUGCAUAUAAAAUAAGUCGUGUUCAUGAGCCGCACUUUUAAAAUUUUGAUUUCGAACUGACCUCGGACGCGAAAAUUCAACCGGCUUUUACAUGCAGGAAAGGCAAUCGUUUUUGACUUUUCUCACUGUCACGCGUUGAUCACGCUCUACGUCCAAUUUUUAUGUUCUGAUUGGUCAAAAUUUGACAGGUGAGUUCAUGCGGAAAAUUUAUGCAGCGUCUGGAAACUUGCUUACUUUGACAGCUGAAGCUGACAGAGUUUUGUGUCAACUUGUGAAGUUUUUAAUUGUCUUUUUCCACUUGCUGUACAAAAUGAAAUACAGCUGCUAUCAAGAUUGUUCUGUAAUUCAUGGCUUGUUUGUUUAUUGCACUUUUUGUUGACAAAUGCACCGCUUGUCAAAGUCAUUGGAAAUCCGAUUUCGGAUGGCAUCGUUUUCAAAAAUGAGCCUACUCACUUGCCCUUGCUUGAGGCGUAAGAGGGUUGAAAAGUCUCAAGCGAUUCUGGAACACUUGAUGACCUUCAGAAGCAGCAUCUCGACUGGUAAGCCUGAGCAAUUAUUGUCUUUGAUCUGUGUUUUUUUUUUUCGGUUUCCUGAAGUCGAGCGUCUUGUUUACGCGGCUUAAGUUUAUACACGAGCAAUGAUCUAACCUAGAAUAGUAUCAGGUUUAAAAAUCCUUUAGACGUCUUUUGGCCGCAAAUUCAAAGAAAAGGUUCCGAAGAAUAUUUAGUUAUGAUUUUGGCCGUAAACAGAAAGCUCUGAGCGAUUUUCUUGCCUCGAGUUCAUCUUGAAAAAGAGCAAACACGGGGAAGCCGGCUUAAUACAUAAAUAAGCUUUAUAUGCUUACCUGACUCAUGAUUUUCAGAGACACUUUACUCUCAAUACUUGUCUUCGUGAAUGAAAAUUAUUGUCUCUGUACAUGUUUCACCGAAUUAUAUUUAUUUUAUUGAUUGUUAGUAGUCCCUCUCGCAAUUUUUAUCGCUGCACCGGUUGUUUCGAGUCGAACAUAAACAUCGCAUGCAGGAAUACUCAAAACGCCGCGCGUAAAUAAUCACUAGCUUUUAAAGAUUACACAUAACAAGACCAUAAACAGUUUUACAAAUACAGGGAAAUAAAACCUAAACAUAACAAAAUCUCUAUCAUGAUGAAGCCUAAAUGGUAACUCUUUUAAUCGCACUGAAAAUUUGGUGCCUGUCAAAGGUGAGAACCCGUCCGGCUGGCCGAAAAGGUGAUUUUGGGAAUUUUUUUCAUCGUUUUCACUAAAAGUCUAUUAAACUGCAUAUCACAUAGGAACAGAUUUUUCCAACUGAAAAGUCGCGGCAUUAUGGAAUUCUCUUAAUGAAAACGUUUUAUAAUGUGCUCAAUGCUAUAAUUUGUUGUGCAAAGGAAGGGCGUGCUUUGAUCACAGGAAACCCAGGCUCACUGUUAGUGCCACGUUCGGAUUUCAUAACAUGGUUAAAUAUAGAGAACAUAUGGGGCGAAGUUUAGGUCUGGAAAUUUGCUAGAAAAUGGAAAUAAAAAUCGAUGAAACUUAUCAUGUGAUAAGUUGUUGUUGUCCUUAAUUUGUACACGAAGUUUCGGGAAAAAUAGUCUCCUUCACCGUUCCUUCAUAGUAUUAUAUUUCGGGGUUGUCCAAUUAUUAGUCUCUCAAACGGAGCAAUGUUGGAGAGACUGGUGAAUGCCACAUUAUGAUGCAGCAGCUAAUGCAAAUACAAUACACUUUCCAGGCCUAAUCUACUGUGAUCGAACAUGAUUGCUAUUUUUGGGUGUACAAAUAAGACUACUAACUCAAUGUAAAGUUUGUUUCACUCCUGGACUGUCACAUUAUUUUUCUCUAAAAUCACUUAGUCUUUGCCGCAAAAGUCACAUGAAUGUGCCCUGAUCUGUGGAUUGCAAGUUUAUUGUUUGAUUUAAAUUAUGAUUUUAUUAGCGGGAGCUUCGCUUUUAGCCCUGGCUAAAUCUAUAUAUUAUACGUAUUAAGACGACUAGAACUCGCUUUCUCCACCGCUAACCUGACUGAAGGUUUCUUUCGGGUGAAAAUACUUUCUUCAACUCCAACUAAAGAUUAAUGGAUGAUUUUCCAGUAAUCGGAGACUUAAUUAUGCGCACAGGAUUAUGGGAUCGCCAGGGGACGGGUCAAACAUUGCAAGUCACUACAAAGAAAUGUAAGGGGUGGAGUUGUUUGUCAGUUAAAAACAGUGUCUUUGGACAUAGAAUGUCGCAUUUUGCCGUGACAUUAUGAGAAGCGGAAGUGAAUAAUAUUGGUGCGUUGAAAUUGUAAGUUUUUUGUGGGAUCGAUGGAUGAAUUCUAUCGAUAAACACUCCUUCUUGCAAAGGUCGACUGUGAAAUUUACGGAAUGGUCUCGAAAUAUGUAGUACUAACUUACUAGGUAUAAGUGAGUGGGGAAUGACUCAUUUAAGCCUUUCCACUUGUAGCUACUUGUGCUGAUAUUUACAACGAGUGUAAGUACGCUCGGCUCGGUGGCGAUCACUAUGCUGUGCCGGUUUGUGACAACGGUCGAAGGUAUGUAUUGAUCUGUAACUUUAAAAACAAAACCAUCUUCCGCACGUUAGUAUAUUGAUUUCUUUUCGCCAAAAAUAGACAAGCAAAAUGUUUUGUCAUGAUCCAGAGCACCAAUAAGUUCUGAAUGUCGCACAUUAACUUGGUAUUUAUUUACAGUCACUCACUGCUUUUGUAUCGGAAAUCUUACUCGUUUUGCGGCGCUCUCUAACUGUUCUCUCGUACGAUUUCGGCCUCAUCUAGUCAUGCAUAAAUACCAUGUACUUUCCAUGAAACAUUUCGUAGAUGUUACUUUGUUUAUACCAAAGUAAAUGGGGAAGUUUUUAUGUUUUAUGGCCAGGUACAUACCUUCCAUUGUUGUCCUCACUCAACUCACACAACGCCAAACAGCGCUGGUCGCGGCCGAGCGUAGUUACACGUUGUAAAUAUCACCACUCGUAAUUACAAAAUAAAAAGCUUAAAUGAGCUUAUCCCCCUACAAUUAAACCUAAAUUUGCACUAUAUAUUUCGGCACUUUUUGUUCAUGUAUAGAUCACCGUUUAAAUUCAGUAAAUAAAAAUUUCACACUCAACCUCACGCAAGGAGUGUUUAUCGAUAGAAUUUAUCGCAUUCAUCACACAGAAACUUGAAAUUUCAACACACCAACAUUAGUCACCUCCCCUUCUCACAAAAUCACGAAGAAAAUGCGUUAUUCUACGUCCAAAGACACUACUUUUGACGAAGAAACUACAUUACGCCAUACAUUUCUUUGUAGCGACUCGCAAAAUUUGCCCAAAGGCGAUCCCAGAAUCCUGUGCGCAUAACACGGGUCUCCGAUUAGUAGAAAUCAUUCAUUAUGAAUGAUAAUCCAUAAAAUACAUUGUAUUAGAGUAGGCUGUUAAAGCUUUCACAGAUACUGUUCAUUGAAAUGAAACUGUUGCAGAUCAUCUUUAUCUGAGGUUAGAAGAUUUCUAUAUUCAUUUUGGCCUGCCUAAUAAGUCUGUCAUAAACCACCAACUGCAGCGAAAGUUUGAUCUUUUUUUAAUGUUUUUAUUCACAUGGAGUUAAGUCAGAUUUUCCUCACUUUCGUGUUUUGAAGUAUUAGUUUUGCCCCUGGAAUUUAAUAGCAUUGUAACCCAGGGCUUCUUAAAUUAUUGGUUAUUAGUAUAUACACACUCUGCGAUCUUGGUGAUUUAAGCAAUCUGAUUGGUUCGCUAUCUCGGACUAUUCAACAAUAUUCACCUCCUAGCGAGUGGAUAAUGUGUGAGCUCGUUUUUUUUCCCAUUUUCUUAGAGAAAGAUGUUUUAAAAGUCGACAAAAUCCGAGGGCUGACUUUUUUUCAGGCAAGAAGAGACCUCAAAGGAUUCAAAACGGCGUUUUUGCAUUUACUGUCCUUGAGUUUGUGGUCGAUGGAUUGUUUACAACUCCCGUUUAAAUUCGCCUAGAAGAGGCCGUUUUGUGAACUCAGCGUUUCCUAACAGAAAAAUUUGGCCCAACAACGAAGUUUAUUUAUGACAAACAAAUUUGAAAGCAAAUGUUUGCAAAAAUUCUACGUUUCAAGUAAACACGAGAAAGAAUGCUACAUGAAAACGUCUUACCUCGAGGAACCGAAUCGCCAUUUUUGUCAGCACUUCAUGCGAAGAACGACACAACAAACCUUUUCGGCUAUAAACUUGGCGAGUCAACAGAAAACAACAAAGCUCUUCUUUUCUUCUCAGGUAAGGAAACAAUUCAAACGUUUACGCUGUUGUUUGCGAAGUGAUUAUAAGCUUGUGAAUUGCUAUGCUUGAAAAUUCGCGUGUCUAGCUGACCUGAUCUGUCAAUCAAAUCGUACUUUUCAAUGGUUUCCUCUCUGAUUUUGUUGAGAUCACUUCGUGUGUAUAUACUAAAACAAUUAUUCUUUUCAAUCUCGGUGAACAGUGGCUUUAGGAAUAUUAGGGAGUUUAAGAUACGGAGACUACGGACUACGAACUACGGCUGGACGAGCGUUGUCGUUUGUUUGUAGCACUGGGUUGAGUCGUGCAAAUAUAGAACGUUAAGAUUCCACUACAGACGGCAGACUACGAGAGAAGAGGCGGACAGGGAAACAACACGCCAAAAUUUUCUUGUUUUCACCACAGUUCACAAAAAUGCAAGUCAGUUUUGCAUGUGAUCUUAUCUUUAGAACAAUGAACAAAUUCUUCCAUACUUGAAGGAAGCAAUUACGUACAAGUCGAUUCGCGUACAAGUUGAUUCGCCUACAACUUUACUCCUUGUUCCAUCACCGUAGAUCAGGUGAAAUUGGUAAACAAAGUUUUGGUUGCACAGGUUUUAUUUUUUUCGCCCAUGAAUACUUAUGUAACAUAUUAAAGAAAUAGACAGAAAUAGUAAUAGCUCAUUUAUUAGAUUUAGAAGAUGGUCUUCUCCGACUACUGAUCUGAUGUAGUUUGAAGUAUUGAAAUCCCCAGUUUCGGUUGUCUCGAAGAUGUUUACAUCAUUUUCAUUCAGCAAAUGCGAUACAAAAACUCGCAUAAACAAAGGUCACACAAGUAGAAAGACACACUAAUCACUUCGAACAAACAUUGAAACUUUUCAAGUGUGAAGAGAAAGUAAAUUACCUGCAUGAUUUCUCUUCUCCUCGGCCAUCAAUCGGAAUUCUGCGUAUAAACAGUUAAGCGUCUUUAAACAUGAGCUUAGCUAGAUAAAAAUGUAGUCACAACGGUGGAUUAAAAGCGUAAAUCUGAGCAGAAAUUAGACACAACUUACAUAUUUCGCUUCCCUCUCACUUAAAGCAGGCAAAUUGAACCUUUUUUACGAAAAGACGAGAUUCUUGAAUUACCGAGACGACAAAAUACGAGCAAAAUGUUCUCCGUAGUCCCGACUACGCGAAAGAGCUCAACAACUCACCGUAGCCGCAGGACUACGCGAAAGAGCUCAACAACUCACCGUAGCCGCAGGACUACGCGGGAAAAAUGAACAGUCACGUGGUUUUGAUCAUGGCAGUAGCAUGUUUAUCCGUAGCCGUAGUCCGUAGUCGGAGUAUCUUAAACUCCCUAUUUACCUCGCCACUUCGUGGCUCGGUAAAUAUUUUGCCACUAUUCACCUCGAUUUCAAAGAAUAAUUGUUAAAUAUCACUAAUUAAUCAAAAAAGGAGAUCUCCAAAGGAUGAAUUUAUUUUUUUACAAAAAAUGUUACAGAAACAAGCUUUACUACGGUGCAAUUAGAGUAGGUUGUGCCAUGCUCCCAGAUGUUAGGUGUGUCAAGGAAAAAAGGUCAAUCGAAAAGCCUGAUCUGGGGAAGAGGAUAGUGGUGGGAAACACUCUCGUGUGAUUUUCCCAUCCGAUCUCGGUAUAUUGUUAUGUUGGAGUCUAGAACAGGCUACAAUUAGAGACAUUGUUAAUUCAAUUCAAGAUAAAUAAUUGUACUCGUCUUAAUAAGAACCUUAUUCUUAUAUCUCGUUUCAGAGCGUGGCCCGAUAUUAACAUUAUAGACAAGCAGUGGAAGGGGCUUGAGAAGCCUCUAUUUCGGUUGCUUUUAGAAAAGAACGUUGUUCACACACAAGCACAAGGUGGCCAGUGGGUGGCAGUUAAAGAAGCGAUUUUUCAGCGAGUAGCAGAAGGCGAGCAAAAUGAACUGCUUCUGAAAGUUCUGUUAUCAGUCGGUUUGCCUGCUGUCCGUGUACCGAGUCAUGUGCUGCAGGCUGUGGAUGUCCAUGCACCAGGUCAAAAGCAAAUCACGCCUCCUUUGAUUCGCUAUGUACUAAGAAAGGUACCCUCAUUCUACACUAGUCUUGAUGACACAAAAAAGCUGCUGCUUCUCCAGUUCUGUCUCAGUGAUCGUGCUUUUAAAGAUCUGAAUAGCCUGCAGCUUUUACCAUUGGCCAAUAGAACGUUUGCCAAAUUUGACAACCGCGCUACGGCAGUUUACAUAACCUCUUUAGAACAUCCUCAAGAGCUGUUUUCAGGCAUACCUGAGAAAUUUCUGCAGAACGACUUGGACGAGGAUAUUCUUCGAAACCUAAAAAGUGCAGCUUCUGAAGGUAGGCUUUUUAUAACAUGUGCAGAGCGUUGUUUAUUCGGAUACUAGAUUUACAUUUAUAUUUACGAAGUCACAAACGAGCUAAUCUGCUGGAGCACACCAACCUUUUAAUUCCUAUGUUAUCCACACAAGGUUUUUUUUUUGGGGAUUAAAUCCCACAAAAUUCUGCCUACUGAGACAUUUGAUGACUCUAUUUCAUCAUUUUCAAACUCGUGUAGCUCUUAAUUCCGUGUGUUCAUUACAUAAGGAGUUCCGUGCAAAAGUCUAGUUGCACGUAAAUGAAAGAGAAAUACAAUAUAAAGGGCAAAAAUUGUGAAUUGUCAACUAAUUACAAGGUAAAUAUAAGUUUGCCUGGCUAGGGCCAGAUUGGCUGUUCAGUUUAGGUUUUUUUAAUUUGAUAAAAAGCAUUUCGUAGAUUAACAAAUCCAGUUGUCCACUGCAUUUUUGCAGGGUUUUAAAUUAGUCAAAUAGAUCAUCUGACUGUGUACGUGACGUAUUUGGUUUCCUAUUCGCGAAUGUUCAUGUUCGUUAAGGCGUUAAGAGAGGUUUCGGCAUGUUUAGCCUACAUCAUCUAUCUUCAUAACAUAGAAGUUUGAUAAAAAUGGUUUUCAUAUAAUCAGUCUUACUUUCUCUUUGGUUCUUAAAAGAAAACGUGUGUUAUGUCAUCGGUAAGGUCUAGGACGUGCUAAUACUCAUAUUUGAUUCAUGCGUUUCAACACACCAGGGCAUACUCAACUACGAUUCCUUGAAUGCCAUCACGUACCUGAACUUCUUUGGCAGUCGAUUCCGCCAAACUGGAAAAAAGGUGACUCUGUGUUGUGGUAUCCAGAUAGCCCCGGUCACCAUCAUCCUUCAAGAUCGUGGAUCCAGUCAAUCUGGAAUUAUCUGCGACGCCACUUUCCAACUGUGAGGGAUAUUCGCCAACUCGAAGGACUACCUCUGAUACCAUUAAGUAUGUCUCAGACACCUGUUACCUUGACCCGUCUCUCCCGCCCCAGUAGGACUGUUGUAAAACAAUUCAAUGACGAAUGCAUUGAUGAAAUCUUGGCAACUGUGUUAAAAAGGCUCUGCGUUAUUGUAUUGCAUGAUCUGCCGACGUUCAUAAGCUACCAUCCAGGUGUUGUGGGAACCUAUGUGAGUUUACCACAUGUCCAGGGUGCCGUAAAAGCAAUGAUGACAACUGCUUCAUCUUUGCCCUCAGGAAGAUUUCUAGAAAUUCUUCAAAAAGAAGUUUCCACGAAAGAAAAGCUUGCUUUGAGAUCAUUCCUUGCGAAUAUCAAACCAUCUGACGUUGUGAAGGAGGGAUAUAGCGCUUUUUUGUGCUCCCUUCCAAUUUUUGAGACUCUCUCCAAGAGGUUCGUGUCAAAGAAUGAUGGCUUAAGUGCAGCGCCUUCUGAGGCGCUUCCGGUUCCUCCACUACAUGACCUCAUUGAUGUUUCAAACGACGAUUCCAGGACUUUGGCACAACUCCUAAAAGUAAGGAUUUUACAGCCCAUAGAUGUUCUCUGCAAAAUGAUCUUUCCGGACAUCAAUGAAGGAAACUACAAUAACGAUGAAAUUGAUAAGGUGAUGUUCUAUGUGCUUGGAUGCUUUACACAUACCAUCCUUCAAAACGAUAACUUCAAGCGGCAAGUGCAAGCUUUGGCCUUUGUCCCAAAAAAGAAAGAACGGGUUAGGGCGUCAGGUGUGUUUGAUCCCAGAAAGGACUCACUGAAAAGGAUGUUUGCCCAAGAAGACGUCUUUCCCGAAGGUGAUAUGUACAAUGAACCAGCCACACUUGUUAUUUUGGAGAAGCUUGGAAUGAAAAGCGAAUCCAACAUCACUGCCAAAGACCUCUUCCACAGUGCUAAUCAAAUAAGCAGACUUUCACACCACCAAACAGCAAUACAGAAGUCUGAGGCAAUUUUACAUCAUCUUAACACUCACCCCAAGAUGUUGAAGGAAACAGUCGAUGGAAAAGAACUGGGAUUGUUACUGAUGAACAUUCAGUGGCUGACACGGCUGGAACAGAAAGUGCCAAGUUUUCCUCCUUCGCUUCCAUGGUGGGAUGCUAAAGAAGGAGGUGAAUGCUUUUUCACGCCAACCGAGCUAAAGAGUCCUGCACUUGUGAAUCUCAUUGGAACUGUUAAGCCCGUUUUAGAAUUGAGGCCUUUAAAUCAAGUUUCUGAUUACUUUGGUUGGCAAAAACCCUCUUUCUCCGAUGUCGCAUUGCAGCUGCGAAAUGUAAUACAUUGUUAUUCCAAAGAGGAGAAACCAUAUUACAUGGUUAUACUACACGAAAUUUAUACCUUUCUCAGUCUCGCCAACUACGAAACCUUAAGUGAGGUAUUUCAGAGAACCGAAAUCGUCAAUUGGGUAUGGAAUGGAGAUGGCUUUUCCUCACCUAACCAAAUGCUUUCCAGUGAGCCACGUAUAGAUCUUGCGCCCUACAUACGCUCUCUUCCCUCGGAGAUGAAGAUGUUCAUCCGCCUUUUUGAUUUUUUUGGAGUUAAAUCACAGAGCGAUUCAUCUGUCUUAUUGCAUGUUCUCUACGCGAUCAAAGAAAAGUAUGACGAUGAGCGGUCUUCAUUAUCAGUUUUUUAAGUCCAGCACGACCUACAGUUAUCUGUUGGCAUAUUAAACGAGUUGGCACAAGAGAAAUUACCACCAGAUAUUCAAGAGAAGAUUGUUCUUCCUGUUUAUUUCGAUGACAACAAAUGUGCACGUUUUAAAUCAGCUGGACGCUGCAUGUACAGUGUAGACAGCGAAUGGCUGAUGAGCGACGGCGAAGAUGAAGACAUGGAAUACUUUUACGUGCACCCCGACGUUCCUAACCGUACUGCUCAACUUCUUGGUGUUCCUUCUCUUACAAAUCGAAUGUUAGAUCCUGACGAGCUGUUCAUUAAGGAAGAGUUCGGACAGGAAGAAAGGCUUACUUCUAGACUCAAUCGACUACUAGACGACUAUACUGAUGGAUUUGCAGUGCCAAAAGAACUAAUUCAGAACGCGGACGAUGCUGGUGCUACUGAGGUUAGAUUCCUUUACGAUGAGCGGACUAACGAGGAUGCUAAAACCUUCCUGAUUGACGAAGGAAUGGAAGGUUGUCAGGGUCCCGCUUUAUGGGUCUACAACGAUGCCACGUUUAAAGAUGAAGACUUUGUUAACAUCACGAAACUAAAUGAAACAACCAAAGCGAAUGAUACUGCAAAGAUCGGCAGAUUUGGACUUGGAUUUAAUGUGGUGUACAACCUUACAGAUGUGCCCAUGUUCGUUAGUAGGAACUACUUGGCAAUCUUUGAUCCUCACACUUCCUUCCUGGGAAAAGCGAUCAAAAACACAAGAAGACCGGGAAUUAAAAUCAAUCUCAACAAAGACAUUAAAAGACUUAAGAAAUUCAGAAAUCAGUUUAAGCCCUUCAAUGGUGUCUUUGGCUGUGAUUUACAUCUCGAUAAACAGGACAACUCGUUUGAUGGAACCCUUUUCCGAUUUCCACUGCGGACGAAAGAUCAGGCUUCAGCGAGUGAAAUUAAGAAGUUAUGGUACAAUCAAGAGCAGAUGAGAGAAUUGUUGCAAAUGUUUCUCCAGGGGGCGAAGAAUGUACUUCUUUUCACGCAAAAUGUUCUAACUGUGCAAAUUUAUCACUUGCCAAACACAGAAAGCCAGGAUCCACAACCUACAUUGAUGUUUCAGGUCACGAAAUCGGCAUCCCAUGCUGGAGUCUUGAGAGAACUGUCGUUUACAAUUAACCUUCCUCCAACUGCAUUUAAGCUUACUAAAGAGGAAAAGAGUUUUCUUCAACAGAGCAACUUUCUUCAAGCUUCAUCAAAAAGCAAAAUUUUGGCACAUGGCGAGAAAGUCGACCCCAAAGAGUUUCCAAAGUCGUCCAUGAUAGUUGAAGUCGAGUGCAGGUUAACAAAAAGUGGUUACCAUUUCUUUCAUGAAGGUGUCCAUUCGGAAAAGGCAACGUGGCUCAUUGUGUCGUCUAUGGGUAAUGGCCAAGCGCUGAAGUUUGCAAAUCACGAUGCCAGUCUUCUUCCAUCCGGAGGAGCAGCCGUUCAGUUGCUGCCAACAGAGUCAAACGCUUUCUUGCCCUUGCCAGUUUCGAACAAAUUCAAUGGUUUGGAUCUGAAAGGCACCAUAUUCUGCUAUCUGCCACUACCAAUUCACAGUGGUCUACCAGUUCACAUAAAUGGGGCAUUUGCCUUGGCCUCUAAUAGACGCCAUUUGCAAAUGAAAUUGGAAGACGAUAAGUCAGGCUUUGGAGUGGAAUGGAACAAUGUACUGCUGCGCGACUCCAUAGCAUCUGCUUUCUUAGAUCUUCUCGAAGACAUGAAAGGCCUUGCUCCUAUAGAUGGCUCAUACAAGUUCCAUUGUCUAUGGCCAAAGACGUCAGAAGUGCAACAAAACUGCUUGCCACUUGUUGUGUCGUUUUACACACAACUUAGCAGGGGUGGCUAUUCUCUUUUCUCCAAUGGAGAGCACUGGGCUGACAUCAAGCAAGUCAUUUUCCUCGAUCCAUAUUUCCGGAAAAAGGCCUACACUUGGGAGGCCGCGAAUGAGGUUCUAAAAAUGUGUCACAGGGGUAGAGAAAUAGUAAUAGACUUACCUUCCAAUAUUUUGGAUUCUUUCGAACAGUGUCGCCUGGAGAAAGCAAUUGGUACCAGACGAUAUACCAAAAAAAGAUUUUUCUGUGAAGUCUUCUUUCCAAACGUUCACAUUCUUCCCCCCAAUCUUAGAGAUGUCCUGACUCUGCAUGCUUUAGAUGACAAAAGUGGGGAGUUCCAUGACUUGAUAAGGCUUUACCCUUGUGUUCCGUCUUCACCAACUGGCAACGCUCUGAAUACUCCAAGCUUUCUCGUUCAUCCCUUCGGAGAAGCAGCCUCACUAUUUUCCCCUGAAGAAGGUAGAUUUCCUUAUGGGACUCAGGAAUCGUAUGUUCACCCGCAAAGGCUGGCCAGGCUUGUACAACUGGGAAUGUCAUUAAAUGAUCUUCCUUGGUCCGAGCUAUCAGAAAGAGCCGAAAGUAUCCUAAAGCUAAAUUCAGUUGGUCGCAAAGAGGCAUUGGCGCGCAUAACGGCAUUGUUAUCUUUUAUGGAGAAGAAGUUACUUCGCCAAGACAAACCUGCAUCAGAUAUUACUAUUCGUUUGUUAAACACUAAAUUUCUUCCCGUUCUCCAAAAACCAAGUAAUUUUCCUCUCACGUGGAAGGGAGAAGAACUUUUGAAAAAUUCGCAAGUACUGCUGGCACCAAAUGAAGCCUUCCUAGAGGAGCAAAAGUACUUAGUUUGCUGCACAGAACCGUUAAUUGGGAUUUCCAUUUCAAAAGAAUUAAGAUCCCUGUUAAAUCUCGACGCAAAGGAAAUCACAUUGGAUCAAGUGGUACAGCAACUGACCGCAGCGGUGUCCGUCAAAGUACAUCUACUUAAUACAUCCGAGUACAAAGAACUACGCGUCGUCUGUACCAAUCUUUAUUCAUGUCUUCAGAACUCCCUCGACCAUUACAGUGAUGAAAUCAUAGCAUUUCUUCGAGGAAUAAGUUUUAUUCUGGUCGAUAGGAGGUUUCUCUCUGCAAAUCAGGUUGCAUUUACAUUGCCUGUAGAUUGCUCUCCGUAUCUGUUCCAAAUUACCCAUGAAUUGGCAUUGUCCUUUACCCCAUUACUGAGAGCAGCUGGUGUUAAAAACAAAUUCGAUGAACAGGAUUACAUUUCAAGCUUACAGAAAGUAAAGGAACGAUUUGGACAGCAUCCCUUAGAUGAGAAAAGCCUUCAAGUUGCAACACAUCUUGCAAAACUACUAGGUGAAACUCUCGAUCCCACUGAAACAAGCAAACAGUGGGAAAUGGUAUACCUACCCGAUUCCAAAGGACUAAUGCGGUCCGUAUCUGACCUUUGUGUUAGAGAUUGCCCUUGGUUGCCAAACGAAGAAGGAGUCAACUUCGUGAAUGACAACAUUCCUUGGCCAACAAGCCGGAAACUCGGAGUUAAAUCACGGAAGCAAGAAGCCCUGAGACCUCGUGUAUCUGGAAUUCCCUUUGGGCAACGAGAGAAACUCGCAAACCGCUUAAAACGAAUUCUAACAGGCUAUUCUUCUGAAAAGGAGAUUUUGAAAGAGCUCCUUCAAAAUGCUGAUGAUGCACAAGCAACUGAGGUUUGGUUCAUUAAAGAUCCUCGACACCAUUCAGAUGAAAGAGUCUUUGAAGACAUUUGGAAGCCUCUGCAAGGUCCUGCGUUAUGUGUGUAUAACAACAAACCUUUCAGAAAUGAAGACAUUGAGGGAAUACGUAACCUAGGCGAAGGCAGUAAAGGAGAUGAUCCUAACAAGACUGGCAAGUAUGGAGUCGGAUUUAAUGCUGUUUACAACUUGACCGAUGUACCCUCUUUCAUGACUAAAGGAGAGGACAUUGGAGAAGUUUUGUGCGCAUUUGACCCAAAUUGCAAAUAUGUUCCUAACGCGACACCUCAAGAACCUGGAAUACUUUUCAAGGACAUCAAGCACCUAAGAAAGCGAUUUCCUGAUGUUUUUCCGUGUUACCUGGAGGACCAAUUUCAAAUAGAAAAUGGCACAAUGUUUAGAUUUCCUCUGAGAACAAGACAGAUGUCUGUGGAUUCUCAAAUAUCAAAAAGGGUUGUCACACUUGAGAUUUUGGACACAAUGCUGGAGGACCUAAAAGAGGAAUUGUUCGAGGUCCUCUUAUUCAUCGACAAUGUAAAAAAGAUUACUAUCUGUGAGGUUCACAAAAUCACCGGGGAACUUGUUAAUUUUUACUCUGUUGAAACUACGAUGACAAAGGAGGAUGAAGUCAAAAAGGAGGCGUUUAGGAAAAGGAUCAAACAGGUUGGAACGUAUUCCCUUCCAAGUGAUAUUCCAGCAGCGAGGGUGUCUUACGUGCUGAAUAUUUCAGACACUUUUCUCCACCAGGAGAAAUGGCUCAUUGUGGAACAGCUCGGAUUUCAGAAGGCGGUGAAAAAAAGUAUAGUGAAUGCCUUCGAGAGAAAGGAGUUGGGAAUGCUUCCUCGUGGCGGCGUUGCCUGUAUUUUAGAAAAGAAUUCAAAAGACCAUGAGGGGCGAGGUAAGAAAGCCUACUGCUUUCUUCCACUUCCAUUUGAAACAGAUCUACCAGUGCACAUCAAUGCGCAUUUUGCACUGGACCACGAAGCCAGGCGAAAUUUGUGGAGAGACGAAGGGGGUGGAUAUCGAAGUGACUGGAACAAGGCCUUACUAGGAGAUGUGGUGGCCUCAUGCUAUCUCAGACUAUUAAUUGAAGUGCGAGAUUUCCUUAAACUGCCCGUCUCUACAGACGGAAAACCUUGCACCUUAACGUGUUCUGAAGGUGAGGUUUCGCAAAGCAUCAAAGCCUACGAAAGCUUCUUUCCACUGAAGCCGCUUUCGGAUUCGAACUGGGAGAUACUGGUAGAUUCCCUUUACGCUGAGAUGGUAAGCAAUGAAGUAAGAGUUUUACCAGUAGUAAGAAACAAACAUUCAGAUGCAGUGUUUCCAGGAUGUGAAGGCACGAACAUUGUUGAGCUUAAUUGGUUUCCACCUGUUGGAAAGGGAAAAAAACAGGUGGCGUUCUUUAAUGACCUUGCAGAAACAGGUCCUUUUGCCAGGCUGCCACAGAGGGAAGGAAAUGAACUCCAAAGAAAGGCAAGAAGAAGGUUUGAAGAAAUAUUAAUUGAAAGUGGCUUCAACCUGGUGGCCUUCUCCUUGGAUUUGCAUAAAUCACUUACACGAUCUGGAAUUCGCACGUGUACUGUUACCCCGAGUUCAGUGGUUGAUUUCUAUAAAUCGUUCAUUUCUCGAGAUCCAUUGUGUAAAAUUGGAUCUAUCCCCUGCAAUAUACGCGAAACACCCUUCCGAGAUGCCUUUGGGGUUAUUCUUGUACUGUUGUACUGUAAAGAAAUGAGGAAGUUUGCUGAUCAAUUGCCAGAUCUUCCACUACUUUUGACACAGGACGACCAUCUUCGACUCUUCUCAAGUGAGGACCCCAAGUUUCUUUCCAGAUUUCAGGAUAUUUUGCCUGGUUCGCCGCAUAUCUUUGUGCAUGUGCACCUUGAAGAGAAAGUGUUCAACGAUACUGAAAUCUUAAAAUCAUCGGCAGUGCGGUGUUUAGAUGUUGAAGGAUUCUCAGCUAACCUGACCCAAACGCUGGAGGUUGAACAGUACGGAAAAGGUCGUUUUGUAGAGUGGUCUUGCAAUCAAAAACAUCUUCCCAACCAACGAUGGUUGUCUAGAGUGUGGAUUUUCCUAAGUGACAUUUUCUCCAACAUUCUUGGUGAUGAAAGCCUACCUGAACAAGCAAAGUCUCUCCAGAUUAAGUCUGCUCUUGCACCUCUUGCUAAUUGGAGUAUCCUUCCGGCUACUGAGUCUAAAAUCGAAGCAACGACAAGAUUUUUGUUUCCAUUAGAUUUAAAUGCACCUCAAACUUCUACCCACUUACUCGUUCCUUUGUGUGAGUCAAUGGGUGUCCUUGAUUACAGAAGUUCAGAUGCUGCCAAUAAUAGUCUCAUGGAAGUGUUAAAGAAAUUCGGUCUACCCGAACUCAACUAUGCUGUUCUGUCAAACUUGGGCUCAGCAGUUCGGCUUGCACCUCUUAUGGUUUCUUCCCUGAAGGUUCCUUCUUCUCUACUUGCUGCCCUCCACCAUAAGAUUGAGAGAGACCCUCAGUCACCUAAAAGACUGGAUCCCAAGCACUGUAAAACAAUCUUGGAGUACUUCAGUAGAAGUGUGGCCUACCUUCAUGAGGCAGACAAAAUCAAGCUAAGAAAGCUUCCGUUCUUCCUAGCGACGCAUGGUGGCUUUGCACCACUUGAUAGUGAUCGCCGUGUUUGUGUCCUUCCAGUUGGGAUACCGAGAAAGGAAAUUGAAAACUUGGAGUGUCACCUAAAAUUGAUCUUCAUUGAAUCCUUGGCAGUUCUGUCAAAUUUGUUCAAAUUCCUGGAUCUCGAGUGUGUCUCUGCCGUAGACGUGUACUGCACUUACAUUUUGCCAACGUUUAACAUCUUCAGCGAAAAAGGGAGGCUAGUUCACCUUGAGUACAUUCGUAAAUGCCUUGUUUCAGCGGAGGAUGACGUGGACAACAAAAGGCUUAGGAAAUGUUUGGAAACAACUCCAUUCAUUCCCUCCUUAGAUGGAACGCUUCAAACUGCAUCCUCGUUCUACGAUCCUGACGUCGACGUUUUUCGCAUAAUACUCCCUCCAAGCAAUUUCCCUUUGAAACCACUCAAUUCGCCAGAAUGGUUAAUGUUUUUUAGGACAGUAGGUUUAAUUCACAAGGUCUCCCGUGAUCACUUCAUGGAAUUUGCCAGAGAGGUUGCGCACGAAGCCACUACUGCGCGAACAAAGACGACAUUUGAGAAGUCAAAAGUUCUGGUAAAACAUCUUCUUCAUCGACACAAUGUAGUGGCUGAAGGUCUCGUACCUACCGUAUCCGACAUACCUUUUUUAAGUAGUGAGCCGGUAAGAAAAGUUCUGCGAGAACUUUGCCUGCCAUAUCAGGGAAUGAGGGAUUACCAGAUUCCGUUCUGUACUUUCAAAGGGGCAGUUCCAUCCGAGUAUGCUGAAAUUGUUUGGACACAGGCUCAUUUACUUCCACGUUGGGCGAAUCCAAUGGCUUGCCGCCGUGAACUUAGCUCUCCCCCCCAAAUGAGCACUGAGAAAUAUUGCAAGAUUUUUACUACUCAACUUCAAAUUGUUGCAGAGCCACCUCUAGAACUUGUUGUUCGUCAUUGUCAAGCCGUUUGUCACUCCCAAGAAAACAAUGAUGACGCUAAUAUUUCCUCACUUGAGCAACGAACGACUUUAAAGGUAGUGAUGGAACGCAUUUACGAGUUCUUGCAGACAAAGCUGAGCACAGGCAACGAUGUGAGAGGAGUUCUGGUGAAUACGCCAUGCAUUUUGGUCGAGCAAGGGAAGAGAUUUAUUCUUCCAUCGCAGGUAGUGCUCGAAUUAUAUGAACAUCUCGAAAUCAAGCCCUUUCUAUACAGCCUACCUCGAGAGUUUGGAAAGUUUCACACUUUGUUUCAUGCGCUUGGCUGUUCAAAGUAUGUCUCGAUUUCCCAUUACGCUAUGGUGUUACAAAUGCUGUACCUGAAAUCUAACAACGACAAACUACAUCCGAAUGAGAUCACAGCAUGCGUUAAAGCAGUAAAAGGUUUUUUUCAACUGCUCGAGGAAAGCGUGGAGGGGGUGUCGGGCGUUUCACAGCUAUACCUUCCGGGAAUAUCCUUCAGGGGAAGUUCUUUAGAUGAGGCGGAGGUUGUUAUACCAGUGACAUUACAACAAUCCUCGUACUUGGUGUUUUGUGAUGUCUCCCCUUCUUUUCUCGAUCGUCUGCAGAAUUUUGACCAUCUUCUGCUUGACCUGAAAUCAAUGAAAGUGAGUUGCAGCUCUGCCAUGACGAACUACAAAGAGCUAGUGAUGAAACUGCCAACUGCAUUACGACCCAAAAUGCUAUCCAGUUUAGUUAAAGAAACAAUUUCCUCAAAGAAUGAGAUAACAACCUUAUCGGUUGAAGCUGUGAAUUCUCUCAAACACAAGCUGUCCUGCCCACAGUUCAUUGCUGCGAUUGUGAGACUAAUACGGGACGAGAACCAGAUCACGAAGGAUAUAAACGACGACGCCAUUGCAAAUGUCGAAAAACGCCUUCGAAGUAUUGAUGUCUGCGUUGUAGAGAACCUUCGAAGUGUCUUACUUUGUGACGGCAGUCCUAUUCCGGGCAGCCAAAAGAAAGUAUCUUUCGUCCUAGAGAAAAGUGUUGUUUCAAACGAAGAGAGGUGGACUGUCUAUCUCGAUCUGCUAUCGGUGAUGAACGAAACCUUUGCACACAUUUACAUGCUUUCCAACGUAAUUGUAGACGCAUCGGAAGGUCUUCUUGGGAACAGAGCGCUGACGAUCCCUCGUUUGUUGGAUUGUGAUCCCUGCGACAUGUCUUCGUUAUUAGAUUCUUUGCAUGUGCGUCCAGAUGACUCCUACGUUCCGCGGGCAGAAGUUGAUAUCUUUCCAAAACUUGGCACCUUUAUUCCACUUAUCGACCAUCACUUGUUAAACGACGCCUUUGAAGAAUUUGAGCCUGGUGAAUAUGUUGGUUUUGAGCUCGAAGAUCCAACUCUAAACCGCGAGAAGGGUGUUCCGACUUACAUCUAUGCAAGUGUUUUCAGGGAAGUGACGGAGGAAAGUUUUCCUCUCUUGACGAAGAGAUACAAAAUCAACAUUGGGAGUGGCCAAGAAUUAGAGGUUGAUGUCGCAGACCUUUACAAGUUUCAUCGUUUGUCAAGCCUGUCAUCUGCGAUUGUAGUAUUUGAACGUCACGAACGGAGCCCUCCUGAACGACCUAGAAGCAGAAACCAGCAAGAAGUAUUUGAUGAGAUCUCGAAACUUCUAGAAGAUACGUGGAAAUUACCAGAGGAGAAACGCCGAAAAAUCGUCAAGCGGCUCUAUCUUCAACGGCAUCCUGACAAAAACGUGGGGGAUGAGGAAUUCUGCACAGAAGUUUGCAAACAUAUCCAGAGUGAAGCCUCGCGGCUGACAAGAGGGGAGCCUCGGGGAAGUAAGCAGAGCUCAGACGUUAGCUCCAGCCGAAGUAAGCAUGGCUUUUACGACGACUUUUUCCACUCCUGGGAAGCACGCGCCAGAAAACAUCACACGCAGCGCGAAGGAUACAGAUGCAGACAGAAAUACCCUCGAAACUCUGCCAGAGCGAAGAAUCCUCAACCAGGAGAAGCCAGACGAUGGCUCAGGCAGGCUAAGGCUGAUAUCGCAGCAACGGAGAAUGAUAUUGUGUACCAAAGACCCUCCUAUGAAUGGGCGUGUUUCAAAUGUCACCAGGUAAUAAGCUUUGAUCCUUUUUGCCGCCAUUUGCCCUUUAGGCAAAGUAUUUUCUUGAGUCGGCAAUAACUUUGUCCUGUCUCUCUUUCAAUUUGAAUGGCUUGACAUGUUUUCGAAGCCGACCCUUUAGUGUUUUAUGAGAUGCAUUGUCUCUCGUAUGAGCUGUAGACAGUAUUUGACAAGAAUGCCAAAAAAAACCAGAAACUAGGUAUCGCCGUUUCCUUUGAGGCUUUAACAACUGAUCUGGACUUAGAAGAUACUUAUUUUGUAUAUCGCAUAAGAAAAAUAGUUUUGAAAGUAAAUGGAAAAUGCACAAUAGAUGUUUCUUAAUUACGAUAAGACCAAAACAUUUUGUUCUGCUUAAAUGAAAGAAUUUUCGUCAUAGGCGGCAGAGAAGGCUCUCAAAGCUGCACAGUACGCCAUAGAUGUGGAGAGGACAAAUGUAGAUAACUUGCUGCUAAUUUGCCAAGAGUUAGAAGACUCUGAAUUGACCCAACUAGCGCGUCAGCUGGAAUGCCUUGUGGUUAAUUCUACACGCAUGCGCUAUCCAAAUAGAGUGUGCUUUCCCAGAAUUCCAAACGAAGUGUACUCGGCUGACAUGGCAGAAGAAGCCUUGGGGUUAGCGAAGAAGAUCGUCCAGCGAGUUAACAAUCGAUUAUCCUAAGGU